UUUUAUUUUGACAACUGAAACAGGAAGCAGUGCGACAUUACGAUCGACUUGCGGGUGAUGCUGGACCCAAAAGAGACUAGGAAGGCGCCGCCAACAUUUGCAAUCUAGCAAACAUUGCCUUAUCCGGUAACGUCAUAUUCUCACGUCGCUCAAUGUGUGGAGAUGGAUGAUGAGCUGGAGAGGUUCAUCAGGGAGCGCAAGGCAAGAGUGGCUGAAGAUAAAGCCAGUUUAGAACAAGACCCACCAUACAUGGAAAUGAAGGCAAAACCCCACAGAGAUUAUGGGUCCACCGUUAAGGAGAACAUCCCUCCCAACUCUAUAGCACAGGAGAAAGAGGAGAGUUGCAGCGUGGGUCUGCCUCUUGGUGUAGAGUAUGAGAGGAAGAAACAGAGGCUGCAGCACGAGCUCCGAAUGGACUACAGGCGCUACAUGGCUCAGAAAAAACGCUUUGGAGAGCCUGGACCAUUAAUUCACCUUGAUAACAGGAGAUCUGUGAAGCAACACCUGCUUGAAGACCACACGGGUGUUCUUCCCCGACAGCGAGCCGCCUCACGGAGAGAUGCAGCCACUCUAACAGAGGACAGUAGGGGGUUGCGCAGGGCUUUGCGCCUGGCAGAUGUUAAGACCCUGUGCCCUGAGGAGGACGAGGGGCCUUCUUCAGUACUUCCCAGGCUUUGUGACAAGCUGGGGAGGCCAGUGGACCAAGAGUCAGAGGAGGAGGAGUACUUCAAGGAGGAGCUGGAGCUGAUGGAAGGCAGAAGACACAGACACACAGGGGUUGAUGCCAGUUACGAGAAGAGACAAUCCAAUAGGUCUCUCAGAGAGAAGAGGGAGAAUCUAGUGGGUGUUGCCAGAGAAGGCUGGAGAUCACGAGCACUGACCAAGACUGAAGAUGCUGAGUUUGCCACUGGUCUCGUAAUAGGAGCAGCUGAUACGGAAGAUGCCUUACAGAGGAGGAAGGAGCGCUACAGACAGGAGCUGCAGGAACAAAUUGCUGAACAGCACAGGAACAAGAAGAAGGAGAAAGAUUUGGAGCUUAAAGUUGCUGCGACGGGGGCAAAUGAUCCUGAGAAACAGCCGGACCGAAUCAGACAGUUUGGACUGAGCAGGAGGAAAGAUUAUCGGGUUUUGGAGCCGCCAGCAACGGUAGAGGGCGCAACGUCAUCCAGAGGGCUCGCUAAUAAUGAGAAGAUGGGUGUUAGAGACAGGGAGAUGCCUCCUCCUGAGCAGCCCCACGUAGCCUUCCAGUCACCUGUGCUUGAGUACAGCUCUGCACUGGGAGAAGGAGGUGGCCUGUCUCCCAACAGCCAGCCUGCUGCACCCUCGUUUCCUAGAGCCAUGGACGCACCCAGGAUCCCCAUGUUCACUCCCCAUCCUCCUCCUUCUCUCAGUGAAGCCUACAGGAGCCCGUAUGGAGAACCUCAUCACUACUACGGCACCAGAAACCUGCUUGACCCAAACAUGGCCUACUAUGGUCACUUGCCUGUUCCUGGUGCUGGCCCUCCCCUGUCCUACUGGAAUGUACCACCAGGGGGAGCUGUGCCCAGCCAGUUUGGUAACCACAGCCCUCACAGCCAGCACAGUGGAGGCAGCUUCCCUGAGCCUCCAAUACAGCCCAGCAAUGUGGCUGCAGACUUGCAAGUCAGAGGUUUUCCUCCAGAGAGAUCCAGACCAGCCAGGGACAGGUCAAUGAGCUACAGGGACGCUUUGAAACAACAGGAAGCUUCCAGGAGAGACAGCAGCGAGCUUAACAGCAAGAUCCACGAGCAACAGGAGCGGAGGCUGCUGGAGAGGGAGGAGACGGAGCGUUACGAGGCCCAACUAGAGGCUGACAUGAAGAACCACCAGCCCUGGGGUCGAGGCGGAGGAGGAGCCCCGCUCAGGGACAGCACUGGAAAUCUUAUCGCUGACCUCAACCAGAUGCACAAGCUGAACGAGGAGGCCUACAGCAACCCGGAGCAGUGGCAAAGGAGAGCCACGGCCGCCAUGACGGCACGCCGGGCAGAGCUCCCUGACCCCAAUGAGAGGGUCUCUGGUACUGUAGCAGAGUGCAGUAUCCAUGACAGUAUUGACAGUCUCUCUGGUUUCACACAUGUCCACACUCCCCAGUUUGCCAGAGGCAAUGUGUUUGCAAACCCGCCCACACAGCAACAUCUCCAGGAGCAGGACAAGUACAAAGCUUACCUCAAACAGCAGAUAGAGGAGAAAAUGCGAAAAAAAGCAGAGGAGAGGGAACGCACAAGACUGGAGGAGGAGAAAGAGGAGAAGAGGCUGGCGGAGCAAAGGGCUCGCAUCCAAAGGGAGUAUGAGGAAGAACAAGAGAGGAAGAAACGGAAGGAAAUGGAGCAAAAAGCCAAGAAUGAAGAGCUGAUUCAUCUGGCUGAACAGAGGAAGAAGGAAGCAGAGAGGAAGAAGAAGGAAGCGGAAGAGAAGGAAGCCGCAGUACUGAGGAGACAGUAUGAGAGGGAGAGGCAGGCUCAGGUGGUCGAGGUCUGCAGGGAGCCCUCGCCUCCGAUCCCCACUCUGCAGAAGAAACAUGGGCCACACCCGUUCACCCCCAGACCCCCCACUGUUGACAGCCAGCAUUCUACCACUGCCCCCCUGUCUGAGCGUUCUCUGUCUGGUCUCCAGUCCCCUCCUGUCCCUGCUUGCAGGAAUCAACUCCGAGCUGCAGGUGACCAGCGCGAUGUCUUCAGUGAGCUGUCAGCAUUGCGUCGGCAUCUCCGUAGCGAACAGAAACGUCUGGAGGGUCAUCUGCAGCAGGAUGACUGGGAGGACUUGGACUCUCCUCUGAGUGACAGACAUCGGGAGCGCCCACGGGUGGACGUGUUUGAUAUGGCCAGGCUGCGGCUGCAGGCUCCAGUCCGAAGGCCCAACUCCAGAAACAUGGAGCCCAGAAACCUGCUGCGGAUCCACGACUCCCUUCAGCUCAAAUACACAGAUGGUGAGUCCAGGCUGGGCUUCAGUGAAGUUCCUAAGCUUGAAGAAGUGGGUGUGGCCAGUAGCAGGAGGAGGCGGGACUACGGGGAUCCAUAUCAGCAGUUCAGCAGCCAGAGGUCUACAGCCCAGGAUGAUUAUUUUGACCUGUCCCCACCACAGCAAAAUGAUUAUCUGAGGAGUGUAAUGGGAGGAUCUGCAAGAGGAUCCCUGCUGGAGUCAGAGAGUGCUUUCAUCGACCCCCUAGGUAAUACCUCUCCAGUGCCACGUACCCCCGAACAUGACAAGGCCCCUCUGCUGUCAGCCAGGGAGAGGAGGAGGUUGACCAAACAUUCACAGCGUCCCCAGGACGGAGCAGCUUCCAGCCAGUCCUUUGGCCAGCACGAUGACUACACAGGUAUGGGUGACCGGAGGAGCCAGAACAGGACAGGUCAUCUGAUGGCUCUCAGUCGUCGUGGCAACACAGCUGGACCAUUGGACCUAUCUGACGAUGAGGAAGACUCCCCUCCUUGCUUUUCUCUUCACAGUACUGACCAUCAAAGCUCUGUAGAAACUGUCUCCACGGAUCCCUGGAUGCGGCCCGGGACAUCGGACACACUAAAAUGUUUAGGCCGACCAUCAAGGAGAGAGCGGUUGAAAACGUAGUACCAUGUCCCCCGAGAACAGGAGGCAUCUUCCUCUUUUAACAGCCAGCCUUAACCCAGAUACCCUUCUAUCUUUGAAUCAUGAGACUGUGGUUGGUUUUCACUCCUGUCUUUCCUGACAGAUGAAUAUGUGAAGACGAAUGUCUGAAUAAUAAUUAUGUAGGUGUGUACUGUACAUUAAAUUAUUGUUUACAUCAGAGAACCUCAGUAUGUGAGCACAAUGACAACUUGUGCUUUAUUUGAAAAGCAUUUACUAUUUUAUUAAAGACUAACUUAUGUUUUAAAUAAAUUAUUUUAAAUACACAAA